AUGACAGAGCCAAGCCAGGCUUCAUAUAAAAAAGAUCUAAUCCAGUACGCCAUGGAGGUGGAUGCGCUGAAAUACGGCUCUUUCACCCUCAUAGCAGGGCGAACGUCUCCGUAUUUUUUUAAUUCAGGGCUCAUGUGCACUGGUCCCAUUCUCGCUACGCUAGCGGCUGCGUAUGCAUCUACCAUUGCACAAGCGUUAAAGGAUGGUUCAUUACCUGAAUUUGACAUCCUAUUUGGCAUGGCCUAUAAAGGAAUCCCAUUCGCGUCGAAUGCCGCUGUGGCGUUAUAUAGCCAACAUGGAAUCUCAGUGAGUGUUGCUUACAAUAGAAAGGAGGUGAAAGAUCACGGAGAGGGUGGUAUAAUGGUCGGAGAACCGGUCAAAGGGAAACGUGUGGUCAUCCUCGACGACGUGAUGACAUCGGGAAAGACAAUACAUGGUGCCAUUGAGACGAUUCGUCAAAAUGGGGGUGAAGUUGUUGGCGUCAUCCAUGCGCUUGAUAGGCAGGAAGUGGGACAGGACGGAGUCAGUAGCGCUGUAAAGGUAAUUGAGGGACUAAUCGGCGAAGGCAGAGUCUUCUCUAUUCUCACUAUGACGGACCUCAUGAUAUGGUUGGAAAGAAAAGGUUUAGUUAAGGAACUCGAGAGUUUGCAAGCGUAUUGGGAUCAAUAUGGUUUAAAGUAA